UCAAGUAAGGUGAAAUGUAAUAAGAAUGUAUAUUCUGAGUCACAGUAGUUUUCAUGAAUUAUUUGUACAAUAAGUGUCAUUCUAUGUUUGAUUUGAUUAACGAAAAUAGAAUCUUAAUGAGGCUUAUCGCAUGGAUGAACAUGAAACAAGUUUGAUAUAUCAAAUAUGUAAUCUCUGUCUGUGUAUUUAUCUUAAAUGUUUUGUGAACAAUGCAUACAAUGAGACGUUUUAUGUCAGUUAUAACAAUUACAAUACUGGUAAUAUGGUUUUAUAUACAUUUCGUAAGAGUUUCUAGGUAUGGAGUUUAUUCGAAUCAUUCAAGGAAAUUGAUGCCUAAAAUGAUGGAUUUGUUCAGAUCUGAAAGCAUUGCCGAUAACAAAUUUCAAAGUGGUGUUGAACUAUUGAUGGGAAAUACUGGUAUUAAAAAUACGAAAAAGAAAGUGACGCAUGUUGCAGAUGUGGUACAAAACACUGGAGUUUCAAAUAUAUUGGAGCAAAUCAGAAGGGAGCCCGGAAACAUGUCUUUGUUGUAUGCAGCUCAACGAGAAAUAAAUAUUUAUUUACAAAACAUUGAAGCGAAGUAUAUAAAAGAUAAGGAUUAUGUUCCCCAGCAACAACAUUUUUCAAACCCUUUAGAAAAAACUAAAGGACAUCCAGAUCCUGAACGACAUCGACAUUCACCAGGAAGCAAAACGGAAACCUCCGAAUCGUUGGUAAUAAACACCGCUCUCAGUAAACGUAUUGGACAAAAGGGGGAUGUGUUAGACACCCUACAUCACAACCUUAAAAAGAUACCACUAAAUGAUCUUCAUAGAAAAGUUCUUGUAAAACAACCUAGUUCAUCAAAAAAGCAACUGUAUGUUUCUAGAUUACCACUUACGGGUGUUAUCCGUCAAGGAUUAGAAGAAGCUAUAGACCCUUCGCCAAAUCUAUUGAUAAAACAAUAUCCCAGUCACGAUAACACUUUCACAAGACAGCGAAUUUUCAUCCCAAAAGAAGGCACUGAAAACCAAACAAAUGACUUAGGACAAAGCCAUGACUUUCUUAAUCUAGAUUUUGGACAUGCGCAAAACAAUUCUGAUCAGCAAUCUUUCGUUCUCGAAAAAAACAAUGCACAGCCAAUUGCUAUAAUGCGCAGGCAAUACAUCAACCUCAAAAAUGAUUUUACAAUGCUUAUUGACAGAGAAAAUCUGAAGACCUUAUUUCCACCUACUCCGCAUCAGAAAAGCGUACAAAAAAUCAGGGAUCAAACAUGCAAUAACUGUUUUGUUCAUAAUUUUAGUUAUAUAAUCAACAAUGCUAAUAUCUGUCAAAGAAAAAGUCCAAUGGACAGUAUUUUUCUUUUUAUAAUGAUAUUUACGACACACGAAAAUUUCGAACAGCGAGAUGUUAUUCGAAAAACAUGGCUUACAUACGCGAGUCAAAAUACUGGCCAUAUACGAUAUGCGUUUUUGCUCGGCGAAUCCACUCACGAUGAUCUACAUGAAAAAGUGUUACAAGAAAACUCCAUUCAUCAUGAUAUACUUAAAGAAGAUUUUGUCGACACUUACAUGAACUUAACGUAUAAGACAAUAAUGGGAUUUAAAUGGGUAGUUACUCAUUGUCCAACAGCUCAGUAUGUUUUUAAAACGGAUGACGAUAUGUUUAUCAAUAUACCAAAUUUGAUGAAAUUUUUAGAACAAUCUGGCGAAGAGUUAGACAAUGUGAUUGCCGGAAGUUGCUUUAUUGAUGCAUAUCCAGACAGAGAUAAUACCUCAAAAUGGUUUGUAUCAAAAGACGAGUAUAAGGAGAAAAUGUACCCAAGUUUCUGUUCGGGAACAGGUUAUCUUACUAGUAUGAACGUUGUUGAUAAGAUAUACAGGAUAUCACCCAAUGUGGCAUUUUAUUUCCUUGAAGACAUUUACAUUGGGUUUUGUCUUCGACAAAUUGGUGGCACGAUUAAAGAUGUUAAAGGUUUCCAUAACUAUGAACCGGAACUUGAUUCAUGUGCAUACAAAGGAGAUGGUUUGAUUACAGCACAUUGGAUAACACCUGAAAAAAUGGAAGAAAUAUGGAAAUCAAAAUGUUUUCACAUUUAUUAAUGUACAACAGCAAUCUAAAUAUUGUGACAUGUCUUUUAAUGAUUUAAGUUAUUAUGCCUCUAAUUGGAAAUUUUAUUUUUUUUAAGAAAAGAAAUUAAAAUUAUUCAUUGAAGUAUAGCAAAAUAUAGUUAAAUAUAUAUAGUAUUUAAAGAUUAUGAAAUAUUUUUAUGAAGUUUAUUGAUAGUUAAUUAAUAUUGUUCCCAUAAUAAUUAUGGCAGUCAAUCCUCGAGAGUUGU